UGGGCAGCCUUUCUCGUUCAAAUCCCAAGCUCUAGCUCUGUUCUUGCUAGUGUCUUACAUGCCGCUAGUUAUUAUCUGCUCUCAAUUACGAGCUGCGCUGGUACAAGAUGCUGCGCAUCGCAUCGGUUCUCGUGGCCGGCGCGAGUGCGCUCCAAGCGCCCAGGCUAAGCAGCGCUCCGGCGUGGCUAAAUGCUGCCACGUUAGAGCAGGCCCCGGCCACCUCCAAGGAUCUACUACCGCGAGAGCGCUAUGUCGCUUCGAACCGCUUCAAAACCAGAGGCGGCAAGGCCGCGGCCAGGUUCGAGGCGCGCUGGGCCAAUAGAAAAAGCAGACUCGCGGAGCUCGAGGGCUUCCGCUACUUCUCACUGUUCCGAGAGGUGCCCGUGGAGGAUGUGGUCGGCCCGCGCGGCGCGGCGGCCAUGGGCGGCGACCCGCCGUCGUACAACUACAUGUCAUUUACCAUAUGGAACGAGAAAAAAGAUUUCAACGCGUGGCGCAAGGGCGACGCCUUCAAGGAGGCCCACGGCGGGACGUCAAUCGGCGCGUUUUUGAAAGCGAUGGUGUCGUCGCUCAAGGUGCUCAAGGGCCCGCCGUCGCCGAUCUUUUUUGAUGGAUUAUUACAUCUCGCGGCGCCUCCUUCACAAAAAGGUGAGGUGGAAGGAGGCUGGCGCGUGGUGGAAGCGGACGGCAAGAACUUGUUGGAGGCCGAGAACUUCGUCGCUGCCAAUAGGUUCACGGUCCGUGAAGGCGCGGAGGCGGCGUUCGAGGAGCGCUGGGCCAAAAGAGAUAGCGGCCUGGCGGACCUUCCCGGAUUCAAGUCGUUCACGAUGUUGAGGAGAGAUGCCAAGACCAAGGGCCACUCCGAGAAGAAGGGCGCGGCGGACAAGUUCGGCGACGACUUCAACUACAUGUCCUUCACGGUCUGGGAGGACCGCGACGCCUUCAUGGGCUGGCGCAACUCGCAGUCGUUCAAGGACGCCCACUCCUCCGGCCCGAAGAAGGAGGAAGGAGCCCCGAAGCAGCCGCCGCCGUGGGUCAAGCCGCCGUCCGUCGUCUUCUGGGAAGGAGUGUUGGAGCUGACGGGCGCGGACGGCGCUUAGGGGUCGCGUGUGUGGUCGUACGCGCCGGCUCGAGCGUCCACGCCUGGACGCCACGCGCCACCUGUCCUCGCGGUCGCAUGUUGUCGCAAGCCGCGGUUCGAUAAAGUUACUUUUAUGACAACUAUGCACACUA